GAGAUCUCCCUGGAGAGGGGGAUGAAAGACAAUUAAACCAGAGUCAAGUUGUCUUGAAGAAAGAAAAUCUUGACGCAAAGCUAAGUUUGUUGACGGGUUCUUUCUCAAAUGAGCCCGCUGAAAAGAACGCCUCACUGAAUAGACUAUUCGAUGAAGGAUAUAGCGCUGACCCGUUUUCACAAAAGAUACUGGAUAUGCGGAACAAAGGUGAACGACAAUCAAAGGACAUAUCACUUGCCGAAUGCACCGAAGUUGAACGCCGGUUGCUUUAUCGAGGCAGUUUAUAUGUACCCGACUACGACCCUCUCAAGCUCCGAAUCCUCCAACUUCACCAUGACGCUGCCUCCGCCGGACACCCUGGACGCGAAAAAACAUUCGAACUCAUCAGUCGAGACUACUACUGGCCCCUUAUCAAACCCAACACCCAUGGAAAACUCGGCGUACUUCGACCUUUACCGAUUCCCGAACAACCAUGGCAGGAGGUAUCAAUGGACUUCAUCACUGGCCUACCGGAGAGUGAAGGGUACGAUGCGAUUAUGGUAGUUGUUGACCGGUUAACGAAGAUGCGACAUCUCCUGCCCUGUAAUACCACCGUCAACUCCGAAGACCUCGCCCAACUAUAUCUGCGAAAUAUAUGGAAGCUCCAUGGGCUACCCACACACGUCACCUCUGACCGCGGUACGCAAUUUACAGCCAAGUUCUGCAGGGCUCGCUGUAAACACCUCGACAUCGAAGCCAGAAUGUACACCGCCUUCCAACCGGAAACCGACGGCCAAACCGAAAGGCUGAACGCCGUAAUGGAACAAUAUCUACGUGGGUAUGUCUCUUAUAAACAGGACGAUGGGGUAAAAUGGCUCCCUAUGGCAGAAUUCUCCGCCAAUAAUCAGGUCUCCGCAUCCACCAAAGCUACACCAUUCUUCGCGAACUAUGGUUUCCAUCCUCGAUUUACAGUGAUGAUCAAAUCGCUUGACAGGAUCCCACCAAGCCUCAAUGCUAAAGACUUCGGCUCGAAGAUGAAAGAACUCCACGAACACCUUCGUUCCAACAUCCGCACGGCGCAAGACCAACAAGAGCAGGCCGCUAAUACCAAAUGA